UCAGCUCAGCUCAGCUCAGCUCAGCUAGCCGCUCCCCCGGCCGGUGCCGCCUGGAAUCGACAACAAGGCACAAAUAUUUGGACCCUUUUUUCUGUCCAAUUUAGCUAAAGUGAAGGAGCCCAAUUAAUAUUUUGAAGGGAACGCACAAGACCAGAGAAAAAUUGGUGUUUGGAACAUCGCCUCCAGGCGAUGUCCCCCACGGCGAUGAAGCUGCGCGAUGCGGCGCGCGGGACGCCGCGUCGCAGUCCUCCUGCCCCCGCGUCGUGGGAUGACGUUUCGCCCGACUCCAAGUGUCCCAUUUGUCUGGACCGCUUCGACAACGUGGCGUAUUUGAACAGCUGCCUGCACCGCUUCUGCUUCGGGUGCAUCCAGGAGUGGUCGCGCACCAAAGCCGAGUGUCCUCUCUGCAAGCAGCCGUUCGCCUCCAUCCUGCACUCGGUGCGCUCCGAGGACGAUUUCCAGAAGUACGAGCCUCGCGUGGCGGCCAGGGCGGCGGCCGUGGAGUUGAGGAUCAUUCGGUGGAGGCGGCGAAGAGGCGCCACGGGGAGCGAGGAGGACGUCCUCCCCGAGGCCGGCGCGGAGGAGCGCGGCGGGGGCGACGCCGAUCGGCCGCCGCCGGAGUUUGCCGCACGACUGGCUGUCAGGCUGCGUAUGCAGCGGGAAGGCUCGGAGUUGCGGCGCCUGAGCGAGAGAGAGACCUUGACCUUUCGCCGCGGCCUGUAUCUCAGCGGAACACGCGCGCGGCGGGUGCCCGGCGUGGGCCCCGACUCGCCGCCGCGCGACGUCACGGCGGACGGCUUCUGCCGCGACCCCGCUCAGCUGAACCGACUGCGGACUUGGCUGUGGCGCGAGCUGAAGGUCUUGUUGGGCACGCGGAACGGCGGGCUGGCGGGCCGCUUUCACCGGCUCUUGAUCGCGCGAUUGACUCGCCACGGCUUGGAGGACGCGGCGAGCGUGGAGCGAGAGCUGCGGCCGGUGCUCUUAACCCGAACCGAACAUUUCUUACACGAGCUGCGCUGUUUCGCCCGCUCGCCGCUCGGCAUGGACGAGUACGACCUGCGAGUCCAGUACUCCCCGCCCGGCGGCGACGCCGUAGUCAUCGCUGUCUCUGAGGACGAGGAGGCCGAAGGGAGACACGGGGAGGAGACGGAGGCGGUCCCGUCCGACGCCUCGGCCCCGACGUCGCCCGCUGUCGGGUCCGUCCGGCAGGAGGACGAGGCCGAAUGCGUGAUCGUGGGCUACAAGAAACCGCUGGCCGAGCGCACGCCGGAGCUAGUGCGGCUCUCGUCCGAUUCGGAAUCCUCCUCUCCCGCGGUUCCUCCGUCCGCAGCCCGCCCGGAGAAGGAGCCCGCCGCGAGCUCGGGGCGUGCGCGCGGUCCACCGCCCGCCGACAAAAGCGAAAAAAAGAAGAGGAAGAGGAGGAGCCGCGAUCGAUUCGAGAAAGGCGGCGAUACGGCCACGCCCGGCCACGCACGGCGUUCGGGCCCCGAGUCCGGCUCGCCGAGCCCCUUCAGAGUUUCGGAAUCCGGCUGGGUAUUAUCCUCGUCUUCGUCCCCGUCCUCCGUCCGCUCCUCUUCGCCGCCGGCCCGGCCGUCCUCGUCGCGCCCCGUCGGGGAAAAGCCCGGCGGGAAGAGAAAGUACAAGAGCCGACACCUGAACGAGCGCGGCGGCAAGCGUCGGGGGAGAUGCCGCGAUAGGAGUAGGGGCGACAGCGCAAGAGAUCGCCGACGCGACCGCAGUCCCAGUGUGGAGAUCGUGUACGAGGGCGCCGCCCCCUCCGGGCGCCGACGCCGGACGGCGCGACGCGACAGGUCGCCGCUCGUCAUCACGUUGGACAGCGACAGCGGGGACGGCUCGCCGCUCGGCCGAGUCGAGGACGGCGGCCCGUCCGAUGAAGUCGAAACGGACCGGGUAAGACGCGCCCCGCCUCCGCUCCGCCUCGGCGAACGCCACGUCGAGCGAGGAGAAAGCGAGCUUCCCUUUUCGACCGACUCGACGCGAGCCGACGCGGAAAGCGUCGGGAGCUCGCCGAUUCUGUGCUCUCUCCCGUCGUGGUUUUCCGAGACGGACGACGGCCUUUCGGACGAACCCCCAAUGAGCGUUAAACGGGACGCCCCCCUGCCGCCGCUCGACUUCCAGAGAAGCGACGGUAGCAUCCGCUCGGUGGCCCAUCGAAUUAAGAGGAGCUCCCCGCCGCCGCUCCGCCUUAAAAAAUGCCACGCCGAGGAAGAGGAAAGUGAGUUUUCCUUUCCGACCGACUCGACGAGAGUCGACGCGGAAAGCGACGGGAGCUCGCCGAUCCUUUGCUCUCUCCCGUCGCGAUCUUGCGAGACGGACGCGGACGACGGCGGUCCGUCGGACCAGCCCCGAACGUGCGACGGUCGGGUCGCGGGCGCCCCGCCGCCGCUCGACCUUCCGGUAAGCGGCGGCGGCUCGGCGGCCGAUGGAAUUGGAAGAAGCACCCCGCCGCUUCUUCGCCUUCGGGAAUUAGAGACUGAGGAAGAAGAAAAUUUUUCCCUCCUCGACUGCUUGAUUGAAGUAGACGCGGCGGCAGCGGGAAGUGACCCCGGCGCUCCGCGCUCCCCCUCUCCCUCCCUCUUGUUCACAUGACCCGCAUUGUUCUGUUCUUUCCGCUUUUUGACGUUUCGACUCUUGUUGCCACAGCAACACUCGGUUAUGUCGGGCGCACCUCGCUUCCUUGCCGCAGGGUGGCGCCAUGUUUUUAAAAAAAAGAAAGUGAACACGUUGGCGCAGGCUGCGUUCAGACUGCAGGCAUAUCCAAUUCCAAUCUGUUUGGGCCAAUUCCCCUUUUUUUUUGCACGAGUGUCCAAAUUGACAUUGGCCCCGUUCAAACAGAGCCACACGAUUGAUGCUGCCGACAAGUCGCCGUGGCAACGAGGGUGUCGCGUUUGAUGUCGCAGGAUGGUGACGGCGGCAACAAAUAUGCAACAUGAGAAAGUCUCUACGGACCAGUUUGAAAAUAUCGUUUCAUGAGCCAUCUUACCUAGCUAACAAAUAUUGACAUGACUUACCUGCGUUGCCAUAAUCGAUACGCCCCUCCAAGCGCUGGCCUUGCCCCCACAAAUGGACAUCGAAACAUUGGUGCACUUUUCUGUGCUAGAAAAGUUUCAAUCUGGAUGGGCUAAAAAUCGGGUUUUGGCCGCCAAGUGGUAGACUUAAAAUCCAUUUUGCCGGGUUUGGCGUUAUCACUGCCAUUGACGGCGUUAGACGUCCAAUCCAAUUGGACCGGUCCAAAAAUGGAUGGGACAUCUUAUCUGUCGGAGAUGAAGUGAUGCUUGCAGUUUUAGGUCGUGUCCCCCCCCCCGCAAAAAAAAAUGUAGAUGUACAGAUGUACCCAUUAAAGCAGGGGUCUCCAAACCGGUCCUUGAGGGCCACUGUGGGUCCUGGUCUUUAUUCAUACCAUUCAAGCGCAGACCUUUUAACUAAUGUGGUUUCUACUAAAACCUGACUGAAAUCAACUGAUGACACUUAUAAAACACCAGAUUGGUGAAAAGGUGUGGUCUUGUUUUGUUGGAAUGAAAUCCUGCACCCACGGCCCUAUGUAGAAUAGUUUGGAGACCACUGCCUUAAAGACCUGGCGUCGCCAUCACAUUGCACAUAUUGUGUGGACGCCAGGUUUUUAAUGAGUAUUUUUUUUUUUUUUUUUUUAUGAGUACACCAAAAAAAAAAAAAAAAAAGAUAAACCAAUUUCAUUGAAUAAAAUAAGAAAUACACCCUGGUUAUGGCACCGUUUUUUUAAACUCAUAGUAUUUAACUCAUUGCCUGCCAGUUCCAAUGAUAGACAUCCAUGUGAAUACGUAGCGCCAUCGACGGCAAAGGAGGUCCAAUCUGGGAGAUCCGUCCCCCGAUCAAAGCGAACGAGGCGUCUGGCGCCGUCAACGGCGGCCGACAAGCGCCCCGAGUCAUGUCAUAAACAGCUUCGGGCAUCCGUCAUCGCGCGUUUGCUCGCCACGCCCACAUUGCCGCGCACCGGCGCGGGUCCAUUGUUAGCAGUCGCUAAGCAACAAGGCGCUCCGUCGUCAAGGACGACCGGCAUUCUGCCGAGCUGGCGCGGGAUGAUGCAAUCGGCUCCCUCGUCCUUUUGGCCGUCGAGAGUUUUGACGGUCCUCGUAGUCCUCCUGAGGAAACUUGUAGUCCUUUCUCACACGUGACACGCAAACGGAGUCGACGAGCGCCGUCCCCCGCGGCGGGUUCGCCCUCCGAGCUACCGAAUCUGCGCGGCGUUCGUUCUCGGCGCUGAAUCCCAAAAAAUGACAAAAGGACCGGCGAGUUCUUUUCGCCCCAUAAAAAUCACAAUUUUUCAAUUCAAGAUUUUUUCGAUGACAAUUUGAGGCUCGAGUUGAAAAGUUGUCGUCGGAUCGCGGUCGUACACGCCAAGGCGGAGAUUCUCAAAGUGUGUUUGUCUCCUUCUAGUUGUAUGUGAAAGAAGAUUUGUGGGUCGUACAGUUAGCGUUCAAAGCUAAGAUACUGCUCAGUUUUCAACUUGGAGAGGUACAACUGAACUAAAUCACCUAUUUUUGCAUUAGACCCCCAUUCGCCCAAUUUUGAGAAUCUACCGAUGCAGAGCCCGAUCCGCUAUCUCCACAAGCGCGUUCAAACGUCAUUUCCUCACUGCGGAGAGGAUCAUUUGUACACCGCGCUCUUUAGCGUUAGUUUGCCGCGAGGGCUGCCGAAAGGUUGGCCUUCCGAAGGCCCCGUUUUUCAGCCGCGUCUGUCGGUAUUUUCGUUUCUUUUGGCAAUAUCCGUCCAAUAAAUACAUCUUCGAAAACCGCACCCGGUCUCUUGAAAACGACCUCCUGACCGGAUGAGGGACACCCUGAUUUUAAUGUCGUUUUUCGACCGUGCGUUUAAACUCAACGCGACAAGGCUAAAACGUAAUUCUAUUCGCAAGGAAUAAAACCUUGGGUUCGCAUCUCGAUCCAGUUUUGUAUUUUCCGAGCCUGAAUUUGAAAUACGAAAAAAUCUGAUGUUUUGCCCUUCGGAUUCAAACCAAAAAAUAGUCUCUUUGCCUUUUUCUUUUGGAGAAUGAAGGAACGAUACACGGAUUGGCCGACCGUCCGAACUGUCCUCGGUCCGUUCCGGUUUUAGAAGAACCAUCGGAAGGCCUCGCCCGUCGGGACGGAUGGCGGUCUCUACAAUCGGAACAAAAAAGAAAAAGACUCCAUUAAUCUUUCUGACCACACAAACACACACACACGCGCGCCGUCACUGUAUCUUCAUUCACACUCGCGCCGCAGUUCCAAUUAGUGUCUAAUUGACAAAGAUUAGCCUAAUGUGCUAGCACGUGCGCAUCCCGGCAUUGUGCGUGCGCGCGCUAAUUAGCUCCGGUUUGCGGCGACUCACGGGAGGAAGCGAGGAUGAACGGUGACGUCGGCCGGGUCCGGCGCCGCUCAUUAAUGUACACGCGCGCCAAGUUUGCGUGGUGUCCACAUUAGCUACGGCGGCACGUAUUCUGCGCUGUGCUGGCAAUGAAUGAGUUCAAGACAAAAAGCCUAAAGAAGAUUUGUUGUUUCUUUACUUUGUCUGUCCUUGUGGAGAAUGUUGUAAAUAAAAGCCAUGUUUUCCAGAAAAUGACUGCAGUCUUCUCUGCGCUAAUUCCAAAUCAUGAAUACCCAUAAUCACAUGCAGACAGUGUAUAGUAUAAGUUUUAAAAUGGUGGUUUGUCUUUAAACGUAAUUCUCUGUUAUCAGAGGUAGAAGAAAUUGCUCAGAAAUAUUUUGAGUCAAUCAUUUAUACUUUUUGUGACCCGGGGGUGAGGUCCCACUAGGGGUAUGCGAGUUCUACCUUUGAAGAAGUUAAAUCUUUGAACAGUCAGAGAUUAGGAAAAGAAAAAGAAAAAAAAAACGGAGGCGAAGAGGCGAAACAUGUUGUUUUUUGCUCCGUUCAUUUAUCUCAGAAGCGUCUCGGAGCCUAUACGGGAUAAGUACGGACUGACUGGUUGUUAGUGAAUCGCAGGCCACAGUAAGACAGUGGCGACGAUGACGAGCGUUGAAGCGGCCUCCUACGCUGGAUGGAACCCUUGACCUCAGAACUGCAAGGGGUGGCGCUAACUGGUCCGCUAAGGACAGCUGAAUGGAUUCUUAAUUGUAAUCUUUAUCUCGCCUCCGCGCACGCAGUGAGACAGAUUCUACUUUUGCCGACUCACCUCAAGCGGUGUGCCCCCGCCGCCCCCCGGCUUCUUCUUGAGCUCCUCGCACUUCCUGAACUUGCAGAUCUGGUGGCCCGUCUUCCUGUUGCGGCAGGACGAGCACACGCCGCAGUUGAUGAGCCGCCGGCAGGGCCCGCACACGCCGCAGCGCUUGCGCUUCCUCUUGGAGGAAGACGAGGACGAGGGGGGCGACAGGACCCCCGUCGCCACCCCUGACGACGAGGGCGAGGACGAGGAGGGGCAGGGCGAGGA